CUCCGCAACCGCGUACAGACCUGGACCCUGGGAUCAUCGACGCGAUCCUGGGCAAAUCGGACGCGGUGCUCAUGAAGGAGGCACUCGGGAAGGCGGUGGACGAGAAGCUGGACGAGGACGAGAGGGUGCAGGCGUUGGACGACUUCGAGAUGCUCGUCGAGCAGAUCGACAACGCGAAUAACCUCGAAAAGCUCAAGAUGUGGGAGCCCUUGCAUGCACUUCUCACCAACCCCACAUCGUCUGAAGAGAUUCAGCGGCAUGUGCUCUGGGUCCUCGGCACUGCCGUCCAAAACAACCCGUCCGCCCAAGACUCUUACCUCGCUCUCUCUCCACUGCGCACCCUCCUCACCUUCCCCACUCCCGAGACCGCGCGCUCUGCAAAGACACGCUCCCGGGCGGUCUACACCCUCUCAGGCCUCCUCAAGCACAACGCCGCCGCCGUGCAGGCAAUGCACGACCUCAGUGGCUGGACCGUCUUCGCAGACGCGUUCCAGGACUCGGACAUCGCCGUCCGCCGCAAGGUCGCCUUCCUCCUCAACACGCUCCUCAUCCCUGCCCCCAGUAUAGCCAGCGCGCCCCCAUCCUCCUCAACCUCAACCUCGACGUCUUCCGCUCCCGCACCUGUGUCCGCUCCUUCCCACUCUCAGUCCCAGCCUCAAUCGCAGGUGCUCACCCUCCAUCCCUCCGAGUCCACCUCCACCACUGCCACCGCCUCGACAAACGUCACCACCGAACCCCCACCCUCUGCGCCCGUGCACCCAAACUCGCACGCGUCGAUGGUCCGCGACCCGUCCUCGUUCGCGACAUCCCCCGGGACCGUGCGCGCGCUCGAGGCGGACGACCACGCGCUCCUCCGCGCGGUCGUCGGCGCGCUCGCCGCCCCGACGCCGCACGGCCCGGACGGCGACGCGACGCACGACGAGGAGGCGGAGGAGAAGCUGCUCCGGACGCUGCACACGUACGCAGUCGGCUGCGGGCGCGGGGCGCAGAUGCGCGACGGCGAGAAGCGCGCGGUGAGGGGCUGGCUGGAGGGCGCCAAGGGGGAGGCUGGGAGCGGAGACGUGAGAGGGCUGGCGGCGGCGGAGGUGAGGGAGCUCGAGGUGGCGCUGGCGUGA